GCCCAAUUGCUCUGGACUGCAACUCGUCCAGCGGCAGACGUUUCUGUGAUAGACUGGGUAUUUCUUUGGCAGUAGGCUGGGAGCUGUCCAGCUACACCAUGGCAAAAUCGCCGGCAGACUAUGCUCUCCGAGUAAGGGCUGGUCCUGGUUACGAUCCAUCCAGUCAUGUCACCCUUAGCGUGAACGACGAAGCAAAUCCGAUUAUAAUAGACUCGGAGCAUUUUACAGGAUAUAUCCUUGUCCGCAUGGCAAACUAUAUCGGACUCGCUGCCGACAAGUCCUCGACCCCUAUACCGAACCCACAGUCGCACUACUUCCAUGGAAGAAAUCGGAGAUAUAGUAUAAUGAUUCAAGGCCGCUUCAAGAAAAAGUGGAAUGGCGAUGAUAUCUUGUUCGGUGUCGACUUUGAUACAAAAGUGCGUACUCCGACAGGUGUGUCACUAGCUCUGAAGAUUGCAAAAUGGCUAGAUCCGGCGCUGGAUGCGUCUUUGAGUGGGGAUAAGCCGUGGAUCUUUUCGCCGCUUCUAUCUGCGAUGAAUUCGCUGGCAGUGUACAAAAUUGAUGCUCCAGAAGUUAACGAUGUCCUGCCUGCUGUGGAUACAUCCGCACAUGCGAUGGCCGAAAAGGAUGGACCGCCAAAGAUCAAAGGAAAUAAGGUACAUCCACAUACAAAUGGUCCUCCCAAUCCCUCGGGCUACGCCGUGGAGGGUGAGAAUUGGGUCUGGGAUGCAGCGGUAGGAGUUGGCGAUGCUGUUGACUCGACAACCGCUGCCAUAGAAGGCAUGUCUAUUAAAUCACCAGUAAAGCACUCAGCACCUCAAUCUCCUCCGUCCAUCAACAUCGGAACCUGGUCUUUCCAUUCUCGUCUCGUACCAGAAGAUCCCGCCCUUCUCUUUCCAGACGCAUCAAAAGCCCCAGCUUUAACGGCCUACGAAAAGCGAAAGAAGCAUUUUGCGGAAGCCAAGGCCCGAAAGGAAGCUGCGUUUCUCCCCGAGCUGGUGUACUGCAUGGAUUAUUACGAUGCGUACUUCGACUUCAAUACAAUAUCCUUGAAGCUCCCCGGGUUCUCUGUCAAUGCUUUCAAAUACUGGGACGGGCAACCGGUGCGAUUUGUCUGCAGAAGCCGAGACAAGUCUGCAGUUUUCUUUGUCGUACAAUUUGAGCUUUUGGAUAGAGCCAAACUUGGUAUACCUCCGGCACGUUUAGAUGUCAGCAUCCCCGUCAUCACGGCAGAGGCUUUGGAAGAUCCGGUUGUGUCUCCGUAGUCUGCCGACUCGAUAGUAGGACGUUGUGUAGAUAUAUUUUAUAAUGUCAGGGUUGUUUUUAACGCAUGUGCGCUUUCUGAGUGUGCGCAUGAUAUGAUGAUGCAAAUAAAAGCCUCAUGACAGCAGA